AAAAGUGGAAUUUAGUGAACAAAAGCAAAUUAAUUAUUUUGAGUAGAAAAUAAAGUAAAAAAAAACACACAAAAAUUUAAAAUAAAACAAUACAAAAAACUAAAAUAUUUGUGAUAAAUGAAAGUGAAGCCUUUAGCACUUUUGAAAAUGUCCUGCAUAUUUGUAAUAUUAAAACCGCUGCUGCUCCUAGUUGCCCUGCAGAUAUUUUUUGACGACACAACACAAGCAGCACCAACCACAAACGCCGACACAAAGCCACUAUCAAACUGGCUGAAUCGCAGCGGCACUGAAACAACAACAACAACAAACGAACACAGCAGUAGCAAAGCAAAAUCAAAUUUGAAAUGGACGUCACGCAGCGCCUGGCAGGCAGCACCUGCCAUACACACACCCACGCGUAUAACUGGCGCCGUUGGCGGUGUUUCACAUGUGAUCAUUCAUCAUACCGCUACACCAGCAGCUGCCUGCCGACAAAGCACCAACGCUUGCUCAGCCACCAUACGCGCCGUCCAGCACAAUCAUCAACAGCAGCGCGGCUGGGAUGACAUUGGUUAUAAUUUCCUAAUCGGUGGCAGUGAGGAGCGCGCUGAGAUUUAUGAAGGGCGCGGCUUUGGCGUUGUAGGCGCCCAUGCGGUCGGCUACAAUGCGCGGAGUGUGGGCAUUGCAGUGAUCGGUGAUUGGACAGCCGACUUACCACCCGGUCCGGUGCUGGAAAAAAUGCAAGAGCUCAUAGAUUACGGCGUGCAAAAGGGUCAUAUUCAACGGAAUUAUGUUUUGCUCGGCCAUCGACAAGUAAAGGCCACCGACUGUCCAGGCAGCAGAUUGUACAAUGAGCUCAAAGAGUGGCCACACAAUGAACAGCGUGCUGUGUGAGGGUGGGGCAUAAGCAAAAUGGCGUUCAGAUAAAUGGAAGACAAGCCAGGUUAAAAAUACGGAAACAAGUCUGUGCAGAAAUGAGAGAGGUCUGAAGAGUGGUCGCACAGUUUCCAGCGAGAAAAUUGCAGAAUUUCAUUAUCUAAUAAAUAUUUUAAGAAAUAUUUAACUGUUAUUUAAUUA